UUGCUCCAGACCAGCCCAGGCAGCAGAAAAGGCAUUUAGCGCCGUUAGGAGCAUCACGGUGAUUUAUUGGAUACACGUGGUGUGUUCUGUGUUUGAGUGAGAGGAGAUAACAUACGUUACAUCCCCGGUCAGUGUGCAGGCAGAGAGCAGAGGAGACACUUCAGACCGCUGUCCUGAACUGACUGGGCUCCGGCUAAUUCCUGCUUCACACAUCUACUAACAUACAGGUUCAAUGGCAGAGAAGGUGCUGGUGGUUGGCGGCGGAGGACGGGAGCACACGUUGGCCUGGAAGCUGGCCCAGUCGGAGCAGAUUCAGCAGGUGCUGGUGGCCCCGGGGAACGCUGGGACAGCUAACUGUGGGAAGAUCAGCAACUCUGAGGUUUCAGUGAGUAAUCACACCAUCUUGGCUCAAUUUUGCAAGGAUCACAAUGUGGGGCUCGUCGUGGUGGGACCUGAGGCGCCACUUGCAGCAGGUAUUGUCGAUGACCUGUCUGCCGCCGGAGUGCCGUGUUUCGGCCCGUCUGCCAAAGCUGCUCAGUUGGAGGCCAGCAAAAGCUUUUCUAAAGCGUUCAUGGAGCGUCAUGGCAUUCCUACAGCUCGCUACGGCUCCUUUACCGACCCUGAAGAGGCCUGCAAAUACAUUCGCACGGCUGACUUCCCAGCGCUGGUGGUGAAGGCCAGCGGGCUGGCAGCGGGGAAAGGAGUCAUUGUGGCCAAAAACCAGGACGAGGCCUGUCAGGCUGUGAUGGACAUCAUGAAGGACCGAGCGUUUGGAUCUGCGGGGGACACUGUGGUGGUUGAAGAGCUCUUAGAAGGAGAAGAAGUGUCUUGUCUGUGCUUCAGUGACGGCUCCUCUGUGGCUCCGAUGCCUCCGGCGCAGGAUCACAAGCGGCUGCAGGAUGGCGACCUCGGGCCAAACACCGGUGGCAUGGGGGCCUACUGCCCCACCCCUCAGGUGAGCCAGGAGCUGCUGCAGCAGAUCAGAGAGACGGUGCUUCAGAAGACUGUGGAUGGGAUGAAGGAGGAGGGAGCUCCUUAUGUGGGCGUCCUGUAUGCUGGCCUGAUGUUGACGAAGCAGGGGCCCAAAGUCCUCGAGUUCAACUGUCGCUUUGGAGACCCUGAGUGUCAGGUGCUGCUUCCACUCCUGAAGAGCGACCUGUAUGAAGUCCUCCUGAACACCUUGAAUGGUAAACUGGCCUCCAGCGCCCCCGUGUGGCACCAGGACAGCUCUGCAGUCACUGUGGUGAUGGCCAGUGAAGGAUACCCCGGCUCCUAUAAGAAAGGAGUAUCAAUUACAGGUUUGUCCCAGGUUCAGGAGUCCGGGCUGCAGGUUUUCCACGCUGGUACCGCCCUGAAAGACGGAGGCGUGGUCUCCAGCGGCGGGCGCGUCCUCACCGUCACCGCUGUCAGACCGUCUCUGGAGGCGGCGCUGCAGGCAGCCAAUCAGGGCGUGGCAGCCAUCGGCUUCCCAGGCGCCGUCUACCGCCGGGACAUCGGCCACCGGGCCAUCGCCCACCUGAACAAACAGAGAGGUCUCACCUAUAAGGACAGCGGGGUGGACAUCGCCGCCGGCAACAAGCUGGUGGACAUGAUCAAACCUCUGGCCAAGGCGACAUCUAGAGCCGGGUGUAAUGCUGAGCUGGGAGGCUUUGCUGGGCUCUUCGACCUGAAGGCUGCGGGAUUUGUCGACCCGAUCCUCGUAUCAGGGACGGAUGGAGUCGGGACCAAACUGAAGAUCGCCCAGGCAUGUGGACAGCAUGGUGGUCUCGGUCAGGAUCUGGUGGCCAUGUGUGUGAACGACGUGCUGGCUCAGGGUGCAGAGCCGCUCUUCUUCCUGGACUACUUCUCCUGCGGCCGCCUGGACGUGGACGUAGCUGCCUCGGUGGUCGGUGGCAUCGCCAAGGCCUGUGAGAUGGCCGGCUGUGCUCUGCUGGGCGGUGAGACGGCAGAGAUGCCGGGCGUCUACGCUCCUGGAGAGUACGACCUGGCCGGGUUCUGUGUGGGAGCGGUGGAGAGAGGAGCUCUGCUGCCUCGGCUGGGGGACAUAGCUGAGGGGGACAUUCUGAUCGGGUUGGCGUCCUCUGGGGUCCACAGUAACGGCUUUAGUCUGGUGCGUAAAGUUUUGGAGAGAGCUGGCCUCAGCUACAGCUCCCCUGCUCCUUUUGGAAAGACGGGACAGACUGUGGGCGAGGUUUUGCUGACUCCCACAAAGAUCUACAGUCGUCUGCUGCUGCCAAUCCUCUGCAGCGGAGCCGUCAAAGCGUACGCCCACAUCACAGGAGGAGGGCUGCUGGAGAACAUCCCGCGGGUGCUGCCCUCUGAGCUGGCUGUCGAUUUAGAUGCAUCUCGGUGGAGCAUCCCCACUGUGUUUUCGUGGCUCCAUAAGGAAGGAGCGCUGAGUGAGGACGAGAUGGCUCGCACUUUCAACUGCGGCCUGGGAGCGGUGCUGGUGGUCUCUCCUUUGGAUGCUCAGAGGGUCUUACGUCAGCUCCAAGCACAGGAGGAGGCCUGGAUCGUGGGCUCACUGGCACAUAAGCAGCCAGGUGCAGAGUCCGUGGUGGUACGCAACCUGAAACACAGCCUGCUGAACGGAGGAGCUACGUCAUGUGAAGAGCUAACUGUGGGGCAGAAUAAUGGUGACAGCUGCAAGCCACAGAAGAAGACACGAGUAGGAGUUCUUAUCUCGGGCACAGGCACCAACCUGCAGGCGCUGAUAGAGCAGGCUAAAUGUCCGUCCAGCUCUGCAGAGAUCGUGGUCGUCAUCUCCAACAGACCGGGAGUUCAGGGCCUGAAGAGAGCGUCUCUGGCUGGCAUUCAGACACGGGUUGUUGACCACAAACUGUACGGGAGCCGAGCAGAGUUUGACGGCACCAUCGAUCGCGUGCUGGAAGAAUUCAACGUGGAGCUCGUGUGCCUGGCCGGAUUCAUGAGAAUCCUCACAGGAACUUUUGUCAAGAAAUGGAAUGGAAAGUUACUGAACAUCCAUCCGUCCCUGCUGCCCUCAUUCAAAGGCGUGAACGCCCAGAAACAGGCUCUGCAGGCUGGAGUGAGGGUCGCAGGCUGCACGGUGCACUUUGUAGCAGAAGAGGUAGAUGCUGGGGCCAUCAUCGUGCAGGAGGCGGUGCCCGUGAUGGUCGGGGACACGGAGGAGAGUCUGUCAGACAGAAUCAGGGAGGCAGAGCAUCGAGCAUUCCCUGCUGCUCUGGAGCUGGUGGCCAGCCGAGCGGUCAGACUAGCAGAGGAUGGACACAUCGUGUGGAAGUCAAACACACAGAAUUAAAAAAAAAAGGCUCAAUGGCCAUUAAUUUCACUUGUCUAGCAUCUUAAUCCUGUAAAACUGGUUUGAUAACACAAAAAUACACUAAAAAACUGGAUGAAUAGAAAACACAUUAAAACUUAAGAACUGAAGCCAAGAUAUGAUCCUUUUAGUGUUAAUAAAUGCAAGUUGGCCUUAAAUUCUAAGAUUUGUGAAACAAAACUACAUUCCAUUGUCACCUUUUUAGAAAUGGUAGCUGCACUGGAACAAGUCUGUAAAGAACGAGUUCAAUUUAUCAUGCUGUCCUGUUAAAUGUCUGAUGAAUGUCAAACUGUUACUGUUCCAUUAAACCUGCCUGCAUACA